AAAACUGGAAAACUUGAUGGAACUGGAGAUCAGAAUUUAGGAUGACAAGAACUUUGGAAGUUCCCAGGUUAUGUUGAGUCCUCUACACUUCUAGCUUACCUCUAGCUUCCAACUGCUUACAAAUAAAGUAUUUGCAAAAGAGGUGGAACCCAUCCAUUGCUCACCAAGAUUCAUCCUGACAAACAGGAAAUAGUGAAAAGAGGAGAAAAAAAGAGACAGAUAAUGAAAGUUUGGGGCUCUUUGGUCCUUUUUAGCCUAUUCAUCUUGUGCCUUGAUGCUAAACCUGGCAUCAAAGUGAAGAUUACACAAAGAGGUUUGAACUUCGGGACACAAUUUGGACUAGAAUUCCUGAAGCAAAGGUUAAAAGAAGAAAUUUUUGAGGAUUUUCAUGGGCAAGAUACAUCUGGACUUACGGGACUCAAUUACACAAUUUUUAAGAUAAGAUUUGAGACUGUUGAAUUUCCCAAUGCAUCCGUGUCUCUCAAAUCUGGUAAUGAGAUUAAACUACUGAUUAAAGAUGCUUCAGCAACUCUCACUGCAGAUUGGAAACUGAAGACUUGGCUCUUGAGCAGAAGUUCCGGAAAACUGACUGUCUUCAUUUCUGGAGUGUCUGUCACAGCGGUUGCAACAGUAUCACAGGAUGAGACAGGUCGGCCAAUUCUGUUGCUUGAAAGCUGCCAGGGAAGUGUUGAUGGUAUUGAUAUUCAACUGGAUCAGUCAUCUAGAUGGAUGUAUAAAGUCUUUGCUAAUUUUAUGGAGAGGCCUCUUCGCAACAGCUUAAGCUUAAAUUUAUGUCCAACUAUUGGUACUCAGAUCCAUCGUAUUAAUGCGGAACUGAGACAACAUCAAGUGCGAACCCAGAUUGAUGCUUUUGCUAUAAUAGACUACUCCUUGGUAAAAUCUCCAUCGAUCUGCAAAGCAUUCAUCAACCUGGAUUUAAAGGGAACAAUCUACCCGGCAGCUGAUGAAUCAGAGCCUCCUUUCAAGCCAGACCCGUUCAUUCUCCCAGAGGAGGUGGAUUCUAUGCUCUAUAUAGGAGUGUCAGAAUAUUUCUUUCAGACUGCUUCACUGGCUUACUAUACAUCUGGAGCCUUUGAUGGAUCUGUUGCAGAGCAGCUUUCUGCUUACUUUAUGCUAACUACAGAGACAUUUGCCAGCAUCAUUCCCAUGGUUGCCCAGCUUUAUGGAAAUUCACUGCCAGUAAUGUUGAAUCUAACAACUACUGCUGCACCACUGAUCAAUCUGCACAAUGGUAGUUUUAUUCUUGUGCUUGCUGGCUCCAUUGAUGUGUUGGCCGUCCAGCCAGAUUCAACCAUCCAAUCUAUGUUCAGCCUAUAUGUAACAGCCAAAACCCAUGUCAGUCUGACGUUAUUUGAAAAGAAUCUGGUACCUGCUUUAUGUCUGGACAGUUUCAAUCUCUCCUUGGCCCACUCCAAUGUUGGCUUCUUCAAGGUGUCACUUUUGGAUAACUUCAUGUCUUUCAUUUUACAAAAUGGAAUAAUUCCAGCAGCCAAUGUCAAACUGAAGGAAGGAGUUCCUCUACCUAUAUUAGACUCAACAAUUCUUGUGGAACCUGUUGUUACAGUUCACCAGGGAUACUUGCUGAUUUCCACUGAUAUGACAUUCAAACCUUCUGCUGUUCAAAGAGGUGAUGAUGAUCUACAAGCAAUUUUUGAUGACAUUUCCAUUAUAAAAACAUGA